AUGCAUUCCCAACCGAUGCCUACCCCCCCCACCCCCCACCCCCCCCCCCUUUUUCUGCUCCUCAACAAUCAGAGGAUGUCGCAACCGCCCCCGCACCUCUCUCUCAAGGAAAAAAAAAACAACCCAUCACAGAGAGAGAGAGAGAGAGAGAGAGAGAGAGAGAGAGAGAGAGUAAAGAGAGAGAGAGAGAGAGAGAGUUUGAGAGAGAGAGAGAGAGAGAAAGCAGAGAGAGAAAGCAGAGAGAGAGAGAGAAAGCAGAGAGAGAGAAAGCAGAGAGAGAGAAAGCAGAGAGAGAGAGAGAGAAGCAAAGCACAGAACAAAGAACAGAGUGCACCACUUGAGUUCACUUUCUCGCUUGUCUCUCUCUCUCUCUCUUUCAACGAGCCAGCCAUCUAUCUCGUUCGUCAUGCCGUCGUCGACCAAGUCGAGCGCCGACCAGGCGUCGUCGGAAGUUCAGGAGGUGCUGAUCAAUGGCAAGCUUUACGAUGUCUCUGGCUUUAAGCACCCAGGUGGCUCGGUCAUCAAGUUCUUGGUGAACAAUGGCGAUGCUACAGAGGCCUUUGAGGAGUUUCAUCUGCGCAGCAAGCGCGCGCAGUAUCUGCUCAAGUCCCUGCCCAACCGCCCGGCCCCCAAGGACGUCAUGGUCGAGCGUGGCUACAACAACCGCGAGGAACUGACCAAGGAUUAUGCUGCCCUGCGUCGUCAGUUCAAGGAGGAGGGCCUCUUUGAGCCUUCGCGUGGCGAGAUUGCCUUGCGCUUUGCUGAAAUCAUCGGCAUGCACGUCCUCGGUGCCUAUCUUGUGUGGCAGGGGGGUCUCUUCACGGCCCUCGGCGUGGUGAUGCUGGCGAUCGUCCAAGGUCGCUGUGGCUGGCUCAUGCACGAGGGUGGUCACUACAGCAUUACGGGCCGUGUGAUGUUGGAUCGUGGUCUCCAAAUUGCCCUUUAUGGCAUUGGUUGUGGCAUGUCGGCCGGUUGGUGGCGCUCUCAGCACAACCGUCAUCAUGCGACCCCGCAAAAGUUGCAGCACGACGUGGAUCUGGAGACUCUUCCCCUGAUUGCCUUCAACUCUGUCAUCGCCGCCAAGGCCCGCAAUCCCCUCGUCAAGCUCUGGCUGCGUGCCCAAGCCUUUUGCUUCAUCCCCCUGUCCUGCCUCCUUGUGGCCCUCGGCUGGCAAAUCUAUCUCCACCCGCGCUACAUGAUCCGCACCAAGAAGCGCUUCGAGCUCCUCACUCUUGCCGUGCGCUACCUGGUCAUCUUUGGUGUCGUCCUUCGUGACUUCACUUGGGCUCAAGCCAUCGGUCUCUACAUCUUGUACGACAUGAUUGGGGCCGCCUACAUCUUUACCAAUUUUGCCCUCUCCCACACCCAUCUGCCCGUGAGCCAGGCCGACGAGUACCUCCAUUGGGUCGAGUACGCCGCCAAGCACACCACCAACAUUGCCGGCACACCCCUUUGCAACUGGUGGAUGGGCUACCUCAACUUUCAGAUUGAGCACCACCUCUUUCCCUGCAUGCCCCAGUUCCGUCACCCGCAAAUCUCCCCUCGCGUCAAGGCCUUGUUCGAGAAGCACGGCCUGCCCUAUGACGUCCGCGGUUACUGGUCUUGCUUGGGUGACACCCUCUCCAACAUGCACCAGGUUGGCAACCCCCAUGCCAAGGCCGCCUAAGCUGCACGAGUCUGGCUUGAGAAGCGUGGACGAGAUGUUGUGCCCCGCCGUCAGACCUCUCUUCACCCUUUUUGUUUGCUUCUCGCUCGCUCGCGUGCCCUACACUCACGUGCACAUGAUUUCAUGUGCGAAUCUUGCUUGUUGGUUUUCCUUUCUUGAUUCGCUCUGUAUGUUGCUGUCCUGUUUCUUGUUUCCUGCCUGUGUUUUGCCUGUGACAGUUCGCAGUCCCAGUUUCAGCUUUGUUGGGCAGUUUGGCCCGCCCUCCUCUCUAGAACCAUUGUUGUUCAUUGUUCUUUCUGCUUUUGCCUACGCGCUUUCGGUUUUUUCCUUCUUCUUCCUUGCAUACGUGUGUCUUUCGACCUGUCACAUGCCUGUGCUUGAGCCUUUCAGCCAAUUUAUAUGUUGGUG